UGAAUUUGUAAAAUUAUGUGACAAGAGGUCAUUUUUACAAACAAUGGGGGAAAGAGCCAGAAGUCCAGAUACCGAUGAAGAAAGAAAAUCAGGCAAACACCAUUACUCUCACUAUUCGUCUGACUUUGGGUCUUCAUCACAGUCUUCUGGCCAUUCAUCACCUGUCAGUCGGCCUUCAUGUUCAAGUACUAAGGAGAAGAAUCCAAAAAGACAGUUGUCAGACAACCAGGUGUAUCAUCAAGCCCUUAAGAAGAUUAGCCCUAAGGCUAUACCCAGCAAAAAGGGAACCCGAAUGGGAUUUCGAUCCCAAAGCCUCAACAGAGAGCCACUGCGGAGAGAUCCAGAUAUUGUUACAAAGCGGGUUCUGUCUGCCAGGCUUCUGAAAAUCAAUGAGCUGCAGAACGAAGUGUCUGAACUGCAGUCCAAGCUAGCCCAUCUGCUCAAAGAAAACAAGGCUUUGAAGAAUCUUCAGUAUCGUCAGGAGAAAGCCCUGACCAAGUUUGAAGAUGCAGAGAGUGAAAUCUCACAACUUAUACAGCGUCACAACAAUGAGAUUUCUGCACUCAAAGAACGCUUAAGAAAAUCUCAGGAGAAAGAACGGGCAACAGAGAAAAGGGUAAAAGACACCGAAGGUGAAUUAUUCAGGACGAAGUUUUCCUUACAGAAACUGAAAAAGAUCUCUGAGGCCAGACAUCUCCCAGAACGAGAUGACUUGGCCAAGAAACUGGUUACAGCAGAGUUAAAAUUAGAUGACACCGAGAGAAAAAUUAAGGAGCUAUCCAAAAACCUCGAGCUGAGUACCAACAGUUUCCAGCGGCAGUUGCUCGCUGAAAGGAAAAGGGCGUUUGAAGCUUACGAUGAAAAUAAACUUCUUCAAAAGGAGCUGCAGCGGCUCUAUCACAAGCUAAAGGAAAAGGAAAGAGAGUUGGAUAUAAAAAACAUAUAUGCUAAUCGUCUGCCGAAGUCCUCUCCAAAGAAAGACAAAGAGAUUAUUGCAAGAAAAAAUGUAUCAUGCCAGAGUGACUUUACAGACCUGUGUACGAAAGGAGUACAGACCAUUGAAGACUUUGAGCUUGAAGAAUUUCCCGGUACACCACAGACAGUUCUGUGUUAUGAAAACAAAUGGGAUGAACCAGACUAUCUUUCUUCGUACCUGGAAUACCAAGAGCAAAACGAGCGUGGAACAGAGAUUCUAAAUCAAGCUUUGGAAAAAGAAGAGAAGAGCAGUGAAGAUCAGGAAGGCUGCUCUGGCAGACAGGAAGCGGGGAAGCCUGAGAGGGAGUGGGAAACAGAAGACCCUGAUAAGGUCAAAGGUAAGGCGUCUCUGCUCUCAAGAGCAGAGAAGCCAGCAUCGGAAGCUGGAAGGUUCCAUGUGCAAACAUAUCAAACUCAGAAUGCUGACAAGCUGGAAGACGAGGCAGAAAGACUCAAGACAGAAAUGCUUCUCGCCAAACUGAAUGAAAUCAACAGAGAACUCCAAGACCCUCAGAACCUCAAUCGGCCCCCUUUGCCAUUGCUUCCCAACUUUGAAUCAAAGCUGCAUUCUCCAGACAGAAGCCCCAAGCCAUACACACACUCUGAGUCUUCAGACAGAUCCUUCAGUGGGCAUCAAUUGUCAGACGUGAGCUUUUUAACUGCCAGAGGAGAAGGCCGAAGUCCAGGACCCAUUCGGAGUCCUGCCCCUCCAGAUGACUUUUCAUUUGGUAGCUAUGUGCCUUCAUUUGCAAAAAUGUCAGGGAAGUCAAACCCACUUAGCCAAAAAAGUAGCCUUUUAGAUUUUCCCAACAGCAGUUUGGAAAGCCUGAGUAAGGACAGUGCAGAUUUAAUUUCGAGAAAAGAGAAAAAAGCGAGCCUGAUGGAGGAGCUGUUUGGCAACAGUGCCAGCAGUACCACCGUUUCCUCCAAGAGCAGUGACCCACAUUUUCUGACUGCCGGCAGAGGAGACUUCCCUCUUAAUUUCCCCUCUGGAGAUAAAAGCAGCAGAGUUCGGGAGCCUGAUGAAGAUGAAGACUUCUUCCUCAGUGAAGGAAGAAGUUUUAAUCCCAACAGACAGCGGCUGAAGCAUACCAGCAAUAAGCCAACGGUGACAGCUGUUGACUCUGUGGAUGAGGACAUUGAAGAGGUUACACUCAGAUGACUGACUGGAGCACACACAGUGUAUAUAUUUAUAUAUAUAUUUCAAUUGUAAAUAUUAAAGUAUUUUAAUACAGUAUUUUAUCAUAAAAAUUUAAGUUUUUAAUGGUAAAAUAGCCUUAUUAGGGAGUAAUUUUUAGCAGCUAAAUAUGGCACAAUUAAACAAAUAGCGCCAUACCACAUAGCCACGUUGCUAAGAAUGCUCUUUUCUUUUGUUUUGAAAUGAACCAAGAGGAGAGUUGUUGCUUACUUUUUCUGUUUUUAUAGCUGGUCUCACUGAGCUGGCUGGCCGUGUGGGAAGUUUUACUUCACUGGAGUCUCUCACACUUCCUACUUUUAUCUCUGUUUAUUUUGGUCAAAUCUCACUGAGCCUAAGUAUUGUCUUUCUUCUGAUGGUUAAACGGGAAUUAAGGGUCUCCAGUGAAGACUUCAGAUAGUGUUGAGCACUGGGACUUAGGAGCUGUGCCCUUGUCUGAGGUGACAAAGCCAAUGUACUCCUGAGUGAGUGGUGGUGGCAACAACAUUGAGACUACCUCUGGAAAUACCCCCCCACACACACACACACAGGUAUUUGGGGUAUUUACUAAGGUGUGCACUGGGGCAUUACCUCUGAGGAGUGCGUCCUCCUCAGUUAGAGUCCUGAAAGCACUCCCUGCUGCUGUGUGAGCACAUAGGGGGCACUGGAAGACAUUUUUGCUUUAGAUGGUACCAUCUGUGUGGCUGUAGGAGGCUUGGGCACAGAGUCAUUCCUCCAUUCCUGUACACUCUGUAUUCUGGCGGAAGAUUCCCUACCAAUACAGGAAGCAGAAGAAACGACAGCUCAACACAGAGUGAUUUUCAACUCAAUUAUGUUUCCAGAGUCCUAGUUUUGGAAAAUUUUAAUACAUAAUCUUAAGAUUUGAACUUGUGCUCAUACCCAGGAGACAUAAGUGUAAUACUUACUCUUAGGCUUACAGGAUGGAUGCGGAAGUAACCAUGGAUUAGAAUUGGGGCACCUACCAUGCCAAGGAAACUCAAUAGUUUUCUGUAGAAAAGCCCAGCUUCUUUCUACUUAGUUCAAGGCAGAUGCAGAGGCAGGUGCUGAGCAGGCCUGGUCUGCUGGAGUGACAGAUGAGCUGAGGAGAAACGCUGUGUGUAGUGGAGUGACCAAGCAUUGUAACCUGUUGUUCACAGUGUGGGUCUUAUGCUGGGCUAGGCAUUCAUGCUGACUGGGGGCAGGAAUUCCCACGGAAUCUGGGGUUUUUCUAAAUGUUGACUUGGGAAUGCUGCUUGAUAUUUGAUAAGACUUUACCUGGUUAGAUCUCCCCAUCACAGCUGCACAGUCUGUCGCCUCCUAGAUCAGCUGCUUGUCAUUUAUUGGGAACAGAAUCUCCUUAAAGUGCUAAAUAAUAAUUAAAACUUUCCUCAAAGAGGAUUUUAGAUCUCCUGUAAAUUAGCAUUUACUAUAUUGCAAAUCAUUGUAAUAUAAGUAAACAUGUUAUUUGUGAUACAGUUCUUGAUAAAACAUUAUGUAAUGUUAAUUUUGUUCAUGGCUGUAAAUUUUCUACUGAAAGAAGUAUUCUAAGGUUUUUAAAAAUCUUUGCCAGAAAAAUUUAUUCAUUGCAUUAAUUAGAUUUAUGCCUUUUUCUACAUGAAAAUUUGUUUAACUCAAUGAGUAAGGAAUUACUAAAAUUAAAAAAAAAUUAAGUUAAAAGCUUAAAAGCGUGAUGUUUAGUAUUAAAAUUGGAUAUUAAAAUGUAUAGAAUUUAGAGAGCAAAUCAGUUUUUCUAAAUGUCAAGUUAAAUUUAUUUGUACUCAGGAAUCUUACUAAUAAAAAAAUUAAAGCACACCAUGA